AUGGUUCAGGGGCCUCGUCACAUCGAGAGCUCUUGCGAUGUUCUCAUCGUGGGUGCCGGACCUGCUGGUCUGAUGGCUGCCCGUAUGCUCUCCGAGUUUGUUCGCCAGGACCCCAGCCUCAAGGUCCGCAUCAUCGACAAGCGCUCGACCAAGGUCUACAACGGCCAGGCCGACGGUCUCCAGUGCCGUACCCUCGAAUCGUUCAAGAAUCUUGGUCUCGCCGACCAGAUUGUCGCCGAGGCCAAUGACAUGUGCACUAUUGCCCUCUACAACCCGGACGAGAACGGCCACAUCCGCCGUACCGACCGCAUCCCCGACACCCUCCCUGGCAUCUCGCGCUACCACCAGUGUGUGCUGCACCAAGGCCGCAUCGAGCGUCACUUCCUCGACUCGAUCGCCGAGGUCUCAGACACCCGCAUCAAGGUCGAGCGUCCUGUCCAGCCCCAGAAGCUCGAGCUUGACGAGUCCAAGGCCGAGGACAACUCCGCAUACCCCGUCAAGAUUGAGCUCCGCUACAUGCGCGAGGACGAGUCGGUCCCGCUCCAGUUUGGCCACAAGGUCGAGAACGGCCUGUUCCGCUCCAACCUCCAGACGCAGGAGGAGGAGGACUCGCACUAUGCUCUUCCCGAGGGAAUGGAGCCUGACAUGGUCGAGACUGUCCACGCCAAGUACGUUAUUGGCUGUGACGGUGGCCACUCGUGGGUCCGCCGUACUCUGGGCUUCAACAUGAUCGGCGAACAGACCGACUACAUCUGGGGUGUGCUUGACGCUGUCCCGGCCUCCAACUUCCCAGACAUUCGCUCGCGCUGCGCCAUCCACUCUGCUGACUCUGGUUCGAUCAUGAUCAUCCCGCGCGAGGACGGUCUUGUGCGCUUCUACGUCCAGCUCCAGGCGCGCGCCAAGCAGGGCGAGCGCGUCGACCGCACCGCCUUUACACCCGAGGUCGUGAUUGAGAACGCCAAGAAGAUCUUCCACCCUUACUCGUUCGACGUCAGCCGCCUCGACUGGUUCACCGCCUACCACAUUGGCCAGCGUGUGACGGACAAGUUCUCCAAGAACGAGCGCAUCUUCAUUGCCGGCGACGCGUGCCACACCCACUCGCCCAAGGCGGGCCAGGGCAUGAACACGUCGAUGAUGGACACUUACAACCUCUGCUGGAAGCUCGGACUUGUGCUCACCGGCCGCGCCGAACGCUCCAUCCUCAAGACGUACGAGUCGGAGCGCCAGCCGUUCGCGCAGGCCCUCAUCGACUUUGACCACCAGUUCUCGCGUCUCUUCUCGGGCCGUCCUGCCAAGGACGUUGCCGACGAGAUGGGUGUGUCAAUGGACGCGUUCAAGGAGGCGUUCGUCAAGGGCAACAAGUUUGCCUCGGGCACUGCCAUCUGCUACGACGCAUCCCCCAUCGUCGCCAAGGGCGACAAGGGCUGCGCCAUCACGUCCACCCCGUCGCUCGCCAAGAACAUCGAGGUCGGCACCCGCUUCGAGUCCAGGCAGGUCGUGCGCCACUCGGAGGGUCUCCCCAUCGAGCUCGGCGACCUGCUCUACAUGAACGGCGCGUUCCGUCUCAUCCUCUUUGCCGGAAACGCCGCCGACUGCACCCAGAUGGCCCGCAUCCAGAAGUUUGCCGCGUACCUCGACUCGGCCAACUCGGUCAUCUCAAAGUACACGCCCGCCGGCCAGCACCGCAACGCCACCAUUGAGACCAUCACUGUGCACUCGAACACGCGCGAAGAGGUCGAGAUGCACGAUUUCCCCGCCCCCUCCCUGUUCCCCAAGUACGACUAUGACAAGAUCUACGCCGACUGCGAGUCGUGGCACAAGGGCCACGCCCACGCCUACGACCACUACGGCAUCGACCGCCAGAAGGGCUGUGUCGUCGUCGUCCGCCCCGACGGAUACGUCGCUGCCGUCCUUGACCUCGAGGACACGGACAAGCUCGACGCCUACUUUGGCCAGUUUAUGGUGGCGCCCAAGAACGCCGUCGGCGCAAACCAGGACCCAGACUGGACGUUCAAGACCCAGCGCGCUUAA